UAAUUAAUUGAAUCUAUGGCAUCAUCUUCUUCUUCUUUUGCGAGUAAUUCACAAAACUGUCCUCGAUGGAAGUACGAUGUCUUUCUAAGUUUCAGAGGAGUUGAUACCCGGAAUAAUUUUACGAGUCACUUGCACAAAGGCUUGAAAAAUAGGGGAAUAUUCACCUUUCUAGAUGAUGAAAGGCUACAGGAUGGCGAUUCCAUCUCAAAAGAACUCGUGCAAGCGAUAGAAGAGUCUCAAGUUGCUGUAAUCGUUUUCUCAAAGAAUUAUGCUACGUCAAGGUGGUGCUUGAAUGAACUAGUGAAGAUGAUGGAAUGCAAGGAGAAAGAAAAUGGACAAACAGUUAUACCGGUCUUCUAUUAUGUGGAUACAUCACAUGUUCGAUACCAAAUUGAGAGCUUUGCAGAGGCAUUUGCCAAACACGAAUCGAGGUAUAAGGAUGAUGUUGAGGGGAUGCAGAAGGUUCGAGGAUGGAGGAAUUCCCUAACUGCUGCCGCAGAUCUAAAAGGACAUCAUAUUCAUGACGGGAUUGAUCAAUCAAAGGAAAUUGAGCAGAUCGUCGACAACAUCUCUUCCAAACUUUGCAAGAGUGCUCGUUUGAAAGAUGUUGUGGGAAUACAUGCUCAUUUAGAGAAACUAGAAUCCCUACUUCAAAUGGAAAUCAAUGAUGUUCGAAUUGUUGGGAUCUGGGGAAUAGGCGGAGUCGGUAAAACGACGAUAGCAAAAGCCUUCUUUGAUACUCUAUCUGAUCAAUUUAAAGCUGCUUGUUUUCUUGCCGAUGUUAAAGAAAAUGCAAGAAAUAAUCAACUGCAUUCUUUACAAAAUACCCUUCUCUCUGUACUGUUAAGAAAAAAAGGUGAUUACGUCAAUAAUAAGUAUGAUGGGCAGGAAAUGAUUGAGAGGAGACUUUCUUCUAUGAAGAAGGUGUUGAUUGUGCUUGAUGACAUUGAUGCAAGAGAUCAUUUGGAGUAUUUAGCAGGUGAUGUUGGUUGGUUUGGUAAAGGGAGCAGAGUUAUUGUAACAACUAGAAAUAGACAAUUGAUAGAGAAUAAUGAUGCAAUAUAUGAAGUGCAGACACUACCUGAUGAUGAAGCUAUGCAAUUGUUCAAUCAACAUGCUUUCAAAAAGAAAGUUCCAGAUGAGUGUUUUGAGAAGUUCUCAUUGGAGGUAGUAAAUCAGGCUAAUGGCCUUCCUUUAGCCCUCAAGGUGUGGGGUUCUUUGCUGCAUAAGAAAGGUGUAGAUAAGUGGAAAAAAAUUGUAGACCAAAUAAAGAAAAAGUCUAAUUCAGAAAUUGUUGAAAAACUCAAAAUAAGUUAUGAUGGAUUGGAGCCCACAGAGCAAAAGAUAUUUCUAGAUAUUGCAUGUUUCUUCCGAGGAGAAAAUAGAGAAGAAGUCAUGCAAAUUGUUGAGAGCUAUGAAUCUGGAGCUGAAUACAUAUUGAAUGUCCUAAUUGACAAAUCCCUUGUGUUCAUCUCUAAAUAUGAUAGAAUUGAAAUGCAUGACUUGAUUGAAGAUAUGGGCAAAUACACAGUGAAAAUGCAAAAAGAUUCCGGAAAACCAUCUAGUAGAAUAUGGAAUGUUGAAGAUUUCGAAGAGGUGAUGAUGGACAAUAUGGGGGCCAUGGCAGUGGAUGCAAUCUGGUUUACUUAUUCUGAAACACCAUGCUUUAGCAAAGACGCAAUGAAAAAUAUGCAAAGGCUUAGGAUAUUAGGCAUAUUUCAUAAAUACGUAUCUAAUAGGAUGCCCGACUCCAAUUGCCAAGAUGGCUCCAUUGAGUACCUUUCCAACAACUUGCGUUGGCUUGACUGGACUAAAUAUCCUUGGAAGUUAUUGCCAGAAAAUUUUAAUCCCAAAAGGCUUGUUCAUCUUGAACUUCGAUGUAGUUCAUUGCAUUAUUUAUGGAAUGAAACAAAGCAAUUGCCGUCUCUACGGAGGCUAAAUCUAAGUUGCUCCGAAAGCCUGAAGAGAACACCAGAUUUCAAGGGGAUGCCAAAUUUGCAGUAUUUGCAUCUACAGUAUUGUAGCAGUCUUGAAGAAGUUCAUCCUUCCCUCAAGGAUUGCAAAAAACUCAUUGAGUUAAAUUUGUCUUAUUGUACAAACCUUGAGAGGUUUCCAUAUGUUAAUGUGGAAUUUUCGAAUCUAGAAAGCUGCUCUAGUUUAGAGAAAUUUCCAGAAAUCCUUGGAAUAAGGGAACUAGAUGUGUCUGGGUGCUCAAAACUUGAAAGCUUGCCAGAAGAGAUAGGUGAUUUUGAAAACUUGGAGGAGCUUGAUGCCAGCUAUACUCUAAACUCACGUCCUCCGUCUUCCAUCAUCCGGUUGAACAAGCUUAAAAGUUUGAGUUUUGGACAACCUAGAUCAGAUGGAGUGUUCUUUGUGUUCCCUCUGGUGAAUCAAGGGUUACUCUCAUUGGAAAAGUUAAAUCUCAAGGGAACUAAUUUUGAACUUACACAGCUUCCAGAAGACAUUGGAUGUUUAUCCUCUUUGAAAGGGUUGUAUCUCGCUGGAACUAAUUUUGAGCAUUUGCCUCAAAGCAUAUCCGAACUUGGUGCUCUUCGAGUCUUGAGCUUAUCAUAUUGCAAGACGCUUACACAGCUGCCAGAAUUUCCACAACAAUUACAUACAAUACAUGCAGAUUGGAGCAAUGAUUGGAUCUGUAAUUUGUUGUUUCAGAAUAUCUCAUCAUUGCAGCAUGACAUCUGUUCUUCAAAUUCCUUGUCACUAAGAGUGUUUGUGAGUUCGGAGGAGGAUAUCCCAAGUUGGUUCAAAUAUCAGGGAAUGGGCACAAGUGUAUCAGUCAAUUUGCCUAAGAAUUGGUAUGAACCGGAUAAGUUCUUGGGAUUUGCUGUAUGUUACUCUAGCAAACUAAUUAUUGACUACAUCACAGCUCAUUUGAUUCCCUUAUGUGAUGAUGGGAGAUCGUCGAUGACCCAGCAAUUUGCCUUAUUCAACAAUUCAGAAAAUUUUGAUUAUGAUAGUAUUAUAUUUUUGUUGGUACCUCUUGGUGGCUUAUGGGAUGCAUCUAAUGCAAAUGGAAAAACACCAAAUGACUAUGGGUGCAUUAAGUUAGAUUUUUUUGGAGAAGAGAAGGAAUUUGGAGUUCGUUUAUUGUAUAAAGAUGAAUCUGAGCUUUGCAUUGGGAUAAGGAAGAGCAGAGAUGAAGAAGAGGCCACUUGCUCCUCUUCUAAGAAACAAAGGCAACUCUUCUAGGUGAUGUACGUAUCAGUAAUCAGCAGCGAGUUUGGGGAUACUGCCUAUGAAGGGAACAUAAGCUUUGGAAUCCAAUGGAGCUCAAAUAAUUUCUCCCCAACCAUCAAGUUCUACUUCAGUUGCAUAGUCUCCAUUGAUAUCUACUGUAAAAUGUUACAUUCUUAUUCUAUUUUAAUAAGUGCAAGAAACACAUUU